AUGGCCGAUAAUAAUCAAUCAGCAGUCCCUUUCAAGCUGCUGCUGACUGCUGUUUUCUCCUCCCAACCCCCCGUUUCCGGUCUCCCAUCACAGUUUUACUGUGACACCUCUGCAAGCAAGUGCCGGGAGAGGAAGGAAGCAGUGGCCGUGACAGACAUCAGCUUUAUCAACGUGAAGGGCACGGCCAACGGCACUCACGCCAUUCUCUUCAACUGCAGCCGAUCCGUUCCAUGCACGUCCCUGCUGGUCUCUGGGAUUGCCAUCGCCCCAUCUGCCAACCGAGCCAGCAGCCUCGUUCAAGCCGCUGCAGCUGCCGCUAUUCCCUCUUCCUCUUCCUCCUCUUCCUCCUCUCCCUCCCUGCCUCCUCUUCUCACGGAGUUCAACUCAGCCUAUGGCAUCACGACAGGCCUCCUCUUUCCCACUCCCAAAGUGCGAGGAUGGACCUCCGUCACCCCAAAGCCGUACACCCGCUGGCUCGUCAACUCCAUGGCAGCCCAGUGCGGGUCUGAGCGAGUCUCCUUUCCCCCUUUCCCUCCUCCGCCCAAGGCCCCCACCCCCAAGCCACCUUCCCCCAAAACUCCCACACCAAAAACACCUUCACCAGUUGCACCUACCCCCAAGCGAGUGGCCCCACCCCCUGCUGGUUCGUUCAAGCCCAGACAGCAAAGGCCGCCCAUCUCCCCUCCUUCAACUGCCACGUCAUCACAUCUGUUCCCUCGUGCUGAAUCAUCAUCCUCGUCAUCGCUGUCGUCUUUUGAGAUUCUUCAAAGGGCGUCACAUCUGUUCCCUCCAGCUGAAACAUUGCCGGUGCCAUCCUCUUUGCCCUCCUCCUCCUCCUCCUCCUCCUCCUCCUCCUCCUCCUCCUCCUCCUCCUCCUCCUCCUCCUCCUCCUCCUCCUCCUCCUCCUCCUCCUCCUCCUCCUCCUCCUCCUCUCCCUCACUCACAUCAUUCUUCUCAGCUCGCCUCGUGCAAGCCGAGGCUGCUCGCGCUGAGGCCAGAAGAGAACAAGCGUCUCAGCUUCAUCAUAGUCACGAUUCUCAAGGUCUCAUUGCCAACAGUCACCCCUAUCACAUCAACUAG